CAGCGGAUGCAGAGAGAGAAUGAUGCAACUCUUGACUUUGGUUGUGGUGUGCGGGCUGAUGGCUGGUAAUGAUGGAGGGAGUGUGAGAGCCGCUCUGCCAGGAUUUGAUUCUGCACAAAGGAUACUUGCAAAAGGAUCAGUUCUUUCUGCGCUCACGAGAAGAACUAUUGGAGCGUUUCUGGCAGACGAUGCUAAUCCAUGUUUCUCCUUGAGAGAGAACGAGGAACAGAGGCAACUCCUGUGCAACGACCGCAGGAAUCAAUUCAAUUUCAACCCGUUCGGCCUCCGCUUUGGGAAACGCUACAUUUACAGAAGAGCCGUUAAAAGAGCCAGGACCAAUACACCUCUCUCUCCGCCCUUCUCUCUUCUUGCAAUAACUGGACCUAACCACUCAAAACAAAUAUGUCUUUCUCUGAGAUCUUGUGUACCAUAGGUGAAUAGUCUUUUUGUUUGGAAAAAAUGCUCCCUUUUCUUCAGCUAAAAAUGAUAUCUCUCUGAAUAAAUUUUUUGUAUGAAUAUUGACCCUGAAUUCAUCAUUAUAAUUAUAUAGAAUUGGCUA